UCUAUAAACACGUUUGUUUGAGAAGCAUCAAACUAAAAGAUGACUUCAUUGGUGAAAGAUAUCCAUGGAGGAGGUGGCCAAAUCCUGAAGGGAACUGUGGUGUUGAUGCAAAAGAAUGUGUCAAACUUCAAUCCUGUCUCUGCAGCUAAAAGUUUUAGCCCUCUCAUUGGAAAUGUCAUCUGUGCCAGUACUGGUGAUGAUAGCGAUGAGUGUAUAGUUGAUACCACCACUACCUUCUUGAGCAGUUCAUUAGCUCUCAAGUUGAUUAGUGCUACCAGGGCUGAUGGAAAUGGAAAGGGAAAAGUGGGAAAGAAAACUUUUUUGAAAGGUCCUCUCACCUCCAUACCAACAUUAAAAGAAAAACAAUUUGCUUUUAGUAUUCAUUUUGAAUGGGACCAUAACAUGGGAAUUCCGGGAGCUUUUUAUAUUGAAAAUUUUACGCAUGAUGAAGUUUUCCUUGUGAGUUUGACACUUGAAGAUGUUUCAAACCAUGGAACCAUAAACUUUGUUUGCAACUCGUGGGUUUACAAUGCUCAAAAGUACAAAAGUGAACGCAUCUUCUUUGCCAAUAAGACAUAUCUUCCAAGUGAAACUCCAUCUCCAUUAGUGCACUACAUACAAGAAGAAUUGAAGACUUUAAGAGGAGAUGGAAGUGGAGAGCGCAAGGAAUGGGAUAGAAUCUACGAUUAUGAUGUCUACAACGAUUUGGGUCAGCCUGAUAGACAUGCUACUUUGGCUCGUCCAGUUCUUGGGGGAUCAACCACACUGCCUUACCCUCGAAGAGGAAGAACCGGGAGAGAACUGAUAGGAAGAGAUCCAAAAACUGAGAGUCGGAGUGACUAUUUUUACAUUCCAAGAGAUGAAUUGCUUGGCCAUGUGGAAUCGUCCGACUUUCUUGUUGAUGUCUUCAAAAGAUUAUCUCAAAAUGCCAAAUCUCAAUUAUUAUCUCUAAAACGUUUAGGCAUGUUUAAAAAUGAUCAAUCCGAGUUUAACACCUUUCAAGAUGUGCUCUCGCUUUUCUAUGGUGAAUCAAAUAAAUCUCCACUACCAAAAGUGAUCGAAGUGGAUCAUUCGGCGUGGAUGACUGAUGAGGAAUUUGCAAGGGAGAUGAUUGCUGGUGUGAAUCCAAAUGUCAUCACAAAACUUUUGGAGUUUCCACCAAAGAGCAAGGUUGAUAGCCAACUCUAUGGUGAUAAUACCACCACAAUAACCAAAGAACACUUGGAGCCAAACAUGGAUGGGGUCAACGUAGAACAAGCUAUCCAAAACAACAGAUUAUACAUACUUGAUCACCAUGAUCCACUAUUUCCAUAUUUGAGGAAAUUAAGUGCAACUGGGGCAAAGGCCUAUGCUUCAAGGACCAUUCUUUUCUUGCAAAAUGAUGGAACUUUGAAGCCAUUAGCCAUUGAACUAAGUACACCGCAUCCUGAAGGUGAUAGUUUUGGUCCUGUAAGUAAUGUUUACUUGCCCGCAACUGAAGGUGUUGAAGCUUCAAUUUGGCUCCUUGCCAAGGCAUACGUUGUUGUAAACGACUCAUGUUAUCACCAACUUAUCAGCCAUUGGUUGAACACUCAUGCUGUUGUUGAGCCAUUCAUCAUAGCAACAAACAGGCAACUUAGUGUGGUUCAUCCUAUUCAUAAACUUUUACUUCCACACUAUCGUAACACAAUGAACAUAAAUGCUGGUGCACGGAAAAUUUUGAUCAGUGCGGGAGGUAUUAUAGAGUCAGCAUACUUGUUGGGAAAUUAUACUAUGGAAAUGUCUGCUGCUGUUUACAAAGAUUGGGUUUUCACUGACCAAGGACUACCUAAUGAUCUAAUCAAAAGAGGAGUGGCAGUUGAGGAUCCAUCUGCUCCAUAUGGUGUUCGCCUUCUGAUAGAGGACUACCCUUAUGCUUCUGAUGGACUAGAGAUAUGGGCUGCUAUUAAGUCAUGGGUUGAAGAAUAUGUGAAUUUCUAUUACAAGUCAGAUGCAACUAUUGCACAUGAUUCUGAACUCCAAGCUUUCUGGAAAGAACUUGUAGAAGUAGGUCACGGUGAUUUGAAGAAUGCUACAUGGUGGUUUAAGAUGCAAACUCGUAAUGAGUUGAUUGAAGCAUGCACUAUCCUCAUAUGGAUUGCUUCAACACUUCACGCAUCUGUUAAUUUUGGACAAUAUCCUUACGGAGGAUACAUUGUUAACCGACCAACUAAAAGCAGAAGAUUCAUGCCUGAGAAAGGAUCUCCUGAGUAUGACGAGCUUGCUAAGGACUACGAGAAAGUGUAUUUGAGUACAAUCACACCAAAGAAUGGUGCCCUUUUGAACAUGACCAUGCUGGAGUUACUGUCAACACAUGUUUCUGAUGAGCAGUACCUUGGACAUAGAAUUGAAGGUGAUAUUUGGACUUUUGAUUCACAGCCAAUAGAGGCCUACAAGAAGUUUGGAACAAAGUUGGCUGAAAUUGAGAGAAAGCUCAUUGAAAGAAACAAUGAUGAGUCAUUGAGAAAUCGAUACGGGCCUGUGAAGAUGCCAUACACUAUACUUUAUCCUUCCAAUGAAGCAGGAUUGACUUUUAGAGGCAUUCCUAAUAGUAUCUCCAUCUAA